GCGAUAGGGGGGAAACACAGUGCAUGUGCACACCACAGAGCUCUAGGGUGAGAAGCCUCUUCAUUGGCGUGAUUUUGAUCACGUUUUUUUCCUUUCCACUCGACUGACCACUGCGUUGCUCUGCGGGGUUCAAGCAGCUGUAUGGCGGCGACAGGGAGCUAGGGGAUGCUCUAACUGAGGGCUCUGCGUAAGGGGAAGGAGAGGGGGACAGCGGCAACGCAGCAGAGAGCCCCGGCGGGAGCCAGCCGGAUGCUAGGAAUGAGGGGGGGUUCUUGCACCGUGAGCAGCAGGAGCGCUUCCUCGCAUCUGAACAUCUCCAUCUGAGGGGCCCAAGGACGAGACCAAGUGCCACAGCCGAACCACGCCAGCUUUGUCCUGCCCCCAGGACAGGGAGCACAUGGAGCCUCGACACCCAGGCUAACAGCCGAACCUGGACCGUACCGGAGGAAGAGGAGCCGACGCUGAGAGCACUUCCUGGAAUGACGAAGCCUAAGAGUAGCACCGGAGAUGCUGAAAAGACGAGACAUCCUCGCCGUGGUGCUGAUUGUGUUACCGUGGACGCUGCUCAUCACAGUGUGGCAUCAGAGCACCAUCGCCCCCCUGCUCGCUAUCCGAAAGGAUGAUAGGAGUGAAGUUCAGAGGGAGGCGGUGCCUGGCCCGGAUUUGAGGGAGUACUGCUCCUCGGACAAGGACAUCGUGGAGGUGGUGCGGACGGAGUACGUGUACACACGGCCGCCGCCCUGGUCCGAAACCCUGCCCACCAUCCACGUGGUUACGCCCACCUAUAGCCGGCCCGUGCAAAAGGCAGAGCUGACACGGUUAGCCAACACCUUCCUGCACGUGCCCAACCUGCACUGGGUGUUGGUGGAGGACUCGGCGAGGCCGACGGCACUGGUGGCCCGGCUGCUCCACGAGACGGGACUCAACUACACGCACCUCAACGUGGAAACGCCUCGCAACUACAAGCUGCGCGGUGACACCCGCGACCCCCGUAUCCCCCGCGGCACCAUGCAGAGGAACCUGGCCCUGCGGUGGUUCCGCGAGACCCUCGGCCAAAACGCCACACAGCUGGGCGUCGUCUACUUCGCAGACGACGACAACACCUACAGCCUAGAGCUGUUUGAGGAGAUGCGGUCGACCCAGAAGGUUUCCGUAUGGCCUGUGGCCUUCGUGGGCGGCCUCCGCUACGAGUCGCCUAAGGUCAAUGGAGCAGGCAAGGUAUACGGCUGGAAGACGGUGUUUGACCCACACCGGCCCUUCGCCAUCGACAUGGCCGGCUUUGCCAUCAACCUGCACCUCAUCCUGGCCAAGCCACAGGCAUACUUCAAACUACGGGGAGUCAAGGGCGGCUACCAGGAGAGCAGCCUGCUGCGAGAACUGGUCACUCUCAAUGACCUGGAGCCCAGAGCAGCCAAUUGCACUAAGAUUCUCGUGUGGCACACACGCACAGAGAAACCUGUUCUCGUCAAUGAAGGGAAGAAGGGAUUUACAGACCCCAAUGUGGAGAUAUAAACUGGUAGAGUAAUGCUAGAUAUACUAAGGCCAGGCUGCUGCUGGAUCGCAGCCCUAUGGACCCCCCUGGGGCAGCGCCUCCAUCACCUGUGUAGGCAACGCCCUGGCUCUUCUCUCAGGAGGAUGAGAGAAGGAGCCUCAAACUCCUGCUCAAGGCAUUAACUAAAAAACAAUGCAAACACACUUUAACCGGUAACAGUGACAUAUGAGUAAAUGCCUAAUAUAUUAAAGCACACGAGUAUGAAACGGCAAUAUUUAUUAAUUUUAGUGUUAAAUUAAGGAAAACGUCGAGGGAGGUGCUCCAGAGCGACGUGACAAAAGAGGACGGUUGCAGUUUCGGCAUCACAUGACGCAGCAAGAGCGACAUGGAGUGACGCGGGGAGGGUCACGCGGUGGGAUGCUGCACGAGGAGAACCAAACACAAAGCAGGCCAUCUACAAGGGAGUCUCAUUGUCGGACAACAGUCCCUCUGUGUUUUCUCCUCACUACUCAGAUGCAGCGCUUUGUCGUUAGGAUCAUCACCGCUCCUGCCGCUGAAGAAAACCAUCCUUCGGUGACUCUAUUCAAACCACAUUUUUUUGAGGGCAACCAGACAGCAUUUUCCCCCUUGAACACAUCAUACAGAAUGGGAAGAAUAUAUUUUCAUUUCCUUUUUGAAAUGCCAUCCUUUCACAUUUGCUCUGCUUUUAAUUUAUUUUUGGUCCUACAAUGUUGUUUCACAUCUGCGAUUCAUUACUGGGUCUCAUAGCUCACAUGGUCUGCUGCUAAUGUAAGAAUUUAUAUAAGAAGCCAAUGAUCCAAUGCACCUAUGGACAAUGUUAUUCGUUGUUCGGGUGCUGUGAUCUGAUUGCCACCUGGUUUUCUCCAUUCUCGGAGGAGCCAGUCUGAUCUUCAUGGCACCAAGCUAGGUAUGCAGAGCAGAGUUUAUAUAUGGGUUUAGCAUUAGAACCUCCACAGUUUGCCCACCUGCACCUUCUGAUGACUGUAAUGUUCUCUGUAAUUUUCAUUUUAUGAGCUGCAAACACUUUAAAAUGCAGGUGUCUCCAGGUCAUGGGUUGGGCCAGUUAACGUUCAACCUUCCAGCAUGAACAAUGUGAGCUGCACAUCUUUCUCUGUAUUUAGUAUCAAUUUUAAUUCCGCUCAAACUUACGAAACCAUCCGAGACUCAAAUCAGCAGCAUUUCUCACUUUUCCUCAAAGCUACAAUAGUAGGCCUCGAGCUUAGAUUUGAACUAGUAACCUUUCGUGAGUGAACCACCCCGGCUCCCUGAUACUUAGCAAUAACUGUAAUAACUGUAAACCUGGAAUAUCCAGAGAACAUCUAAUUCAACUUCAGUUAAAGUUGCAGAGUAAAGUGGAAGGAAAUUUAUGAUUCUUUGGGACACUAAUGCUAGACCUGUCCACUUCAAUUAAAACCAUUGUCUUACUUUUUGGUAGAGACCUCAAUGUUACUGAGGUCAUCUUUCCUGCGGAAAAACACAAGAGGAAGCAUUAAUAAAGUCAGGCAUCAUCUCACGCUCUCUGUUCUACAGUUAAAACUGGAGAAAUUAAGGGUGAAUCAAGGGUCCUUCAGCUUAUGAUUCCAUGGUUUUUGGCCAGUUGCCCCACACAUGGCGUCACAUCCCCAACCCAGCAUUGAAGGUUCAUCCUUCUCAUCAGAGCUAUCCUGCAGAUGUAUGUAUUUAUUACCAAACUCCUUCCUGUUGUUCUCGCUCUAAUAAAAAUGCAUAUCGU